UUCUUACUCUUUAAUUAGAUUUCUGAUAUUAAAUCUUGAAAUUUUUUUACUAAACUUUUUUACAAUUCUUUCACGCUUGCAUUAUUCAAUGUGCAUUCAGUCGAUAUGCACGUUUUGAGCGAUUGUCGCAUCAUGAAAUGUUUAGGAAUCUAACUCGAUUUUAUACGCUUACCUUUUUCGACAAAAUUCCAGACACGUUCGCGACUCUUCAUAGUGAUAAAAAUUUGUCGCUUAGACUUGUCACUGAGAACCAACCGUUCUCCGAUUUGCGAUAUUGUUAUGCGUGUUUAAUAAUGCACUCGUGAAUUCUUCUGAUAAUGGCGAAACAUGACACACGAAUGUAGGCACUCUUUCGUUGUCGGCACCACGUCGCUUGUUGAAAAAAACAUAACGAUGCAUCGAUCGUCUUAUUUUUUAUCUUUCUGUCAUUGUGUCAUCCAAUGAUUGCCGAAGCCGAAGAGAAUAAAAGACAUUCGCUGCAGAAGAUUCAAUUAAAUAUAAACGUCAUUUUUCGAUUAUUUUAUAUUAUUCUUUGGCACUUUUGCUUCUCGACAUGGUUUCUCAAGUUUUCAAUACAGAUCUUAAUAUAAAUGCAUUACCUGAUAGAUGCGCGUGUAAAUCGAACGGCAUAGACUAUUAUAAAAUAUUAUCGUUGAAAAGAAACUGCAACGAUACGGAAAUCAAAGAGGCGUAUGGACGAUGCGCUGUACGGUACAAUCCCACACAGCAAAAGAACGGAGGUGCCGAGGCGAUUUUCGCCUUAGCAGCUGAGGCGUACGACGUGCUUUCAGAUCCUCUUAGAAGAACCGUGUAUGAUCAAUACGGUGAAGAGGGUCUUAAAAAUGGUGUGCUGCGACCAGAAGGGUUUGAGAAACCUUACGUUUAUCACGGGGAACCGAUGCGAACUUUUAGGGAAUUUUUUGCGGUUCAAAAUCCGUACAAUGAUCUCUUGAAUAUUCUAACGGAGUCCCAACCUCUAUUAGACUUUCCCGAAGGUCGAGGUAUUAAACGAAAAGAAGAACCCUUGAUCAAAACUUUGUUUCUAACUCUAUCAGAGAUAUUUUUUGGUGGAAUAAAAAAAAUGAAAAUUCAAAAACUAGUCUUAGACGGUCAUGAUAAGUCGACAACGGUACCGAUGGAAAAAAUCUUGACGAUACCUAUUAAACCAGGGAUCCCGUCGGGUACUAGAAUAGUAUUUCCAGAAGAAGGUGAUCAGGGACCCACAAAGAUACCCGCGGAUGUUAUCUUCGUCACGGAGGAUCGGCCUCACGAAACGUUCCGGCGAGAGGGCUCGGACUUGCACACGACGGUCGAUAUCUUUCUAAGGGAAGCGCUGACCGGAACGGUGAUCACGCUUAACACCGUCGACGACAGAACUCUUCGGAUUCCGAUAACAUCGAUCGUUGCACAGGAUUACAUCAAACGUGUAUCAGGCGAAGGUAUGCCCUUCCCAGCAAAUCCGAAGCAAAGGGGCGAUCUGAUACUGAAAUUUAAUAUCGAGUUUCCGAUUUAUUUACCGUUAUUCAGCAAGAACCACAUCAACAAAGCCUUUGAAAUGUCUCGUACGAUCGAGAAUGCCGAGUAUAUUCAUCAUCUUAUAUUGGCCAACAAGAUGCGUAGAAAUGUCGACGAUAACAUUCCAUUACGACGAGAUCCGAAAGAUGAAGCGGAUCAAUUAAAAUUCAUAUGUGAAACGUGAAUUUGAACAUGUCUU